GUUUUGAACUCUAAGUUAAAAAACAUACCUUAAAUCUAAAAUGUAUAGUUUCGUAGCAUUUUUCUGCUUAGUGGCUGCAGUAUCUACCAAAUCGAUUUGCAAUAAUGGUGCUAAACAUAUUGCUUGUGAUCAAAAUGAACAAUUUGCUGCCGAUGCUAAAAUGGUUACCAUUACCGAUACUUUGCAACAAGUUUUAGUUGAUGCCCUUAACGAGAAACGUAACUUGAUUGCUGGUGGUGGAGAUGCCAACCACAGUCCUGCCUGCCGUAUGGGCACCAUGGAAUGGGAUGAUGAAUUGGCUGUCAAUGCUGAGCUCACUGUUAAACAAUGUCAAAUGAAUCAUGAUAGAUGCCCCAACACUGAUGCCUUCAAAUAUACCGGUCAAAAACAUGCCUGGAUUAGUUUCUUCGGUGCUGUUGAUGAUGCUGAAAAACUGAAAGAAUCUGUUGAAAUGUGGUUUUCUGAAGUUAAGGACAGCCAACCAUCCUAUAUUGACUCUAAUCCUAAUGGCUACUCUGGGCCUGAUAUGAUGGCGGAUCAUAACAUUCGCGUUGGUUGUGCUUCUGCUAUUUUCUCUCCUGUUGAUCAGCCUAAGAAAUACUUGGUUGCCUGUAACUACGCUACCACCGACAUGAUCAAAUACCCCAUCUAUUCUAGCUGCAAACAGGCUGGUACUUCUUGCACUACUGGUACCAAUCCCAAAUACCCGAACUUAUGUUCUGCCUCUGAGGAAUACGCUGUCAACAAAUGAUUCUAAAUGAAGCUUUAACGAUAUUUUUUUCUAAAUUAAAUUAAAACAAAUAAAUGCAAUUUAAAUACUAACCCUCAUAUUCCUAAACAAAUUUUAAAUUUAAACAAUAAGGGUAUUCAUUUC